AUAUACUCCAUAGGAUAGAGUUGACAUAUGGCACUAGAUGACUAGACUAUGGGCGUAUGUGGCCCACAGUCCCACACAUCCACAAUAGCUGUCCAAAGCAGCCAUAUCCCAAUGUCCAAAUCUCUCCGUUUCUGACUGACCGCGUACCCCUCCAUUCCCAUGGCUCUAGCCAACGCUCUCAUCACCCCCGCCGUCGCUCCACCGCGAUCGGCAUUUCUCGACGCCGACUCCGACGCCGUCCGUCGGCAGUUCGCGCUGCACCAGCUCUGCUCCACGCCUCACCGUCGAACUUCCAUCGCCGGAACAGCCGCUUUUCCUCGGAAAAUGGUUGCCGUUUCUUGCGCUGUAGAUGGUGUGGAUUCAUUGACCUAUUCCCAGGAAAUGAAUUAUGAGGAGUCUCUUCAUGUUCCAACACCAAUCGUUCAAAUAGUUCAAGAUCCUGAAAGUGAUGCAACUGUCGUUGAAGUUAGCUUUGGAGAUCGCCUGGGUGCCCUCAUUGACACGAUGAAGGCACUAAACGACUUAGGCUUGGAUGUUAAGAAAGGCAUUGUUACUACUGAGGGCUCCGUUAAAAGGACAAAGUUUCUUAUUACACGACCUGCAACUGGGCGAAAAGUUGAUGAUCCUGAUUUGCUGGAAAGGAUUCGGUUGACCAUCAUCAACAAUCUGAUCAAGUAUCACCCAGAGUCUAGUGAGUGGCUUGCUAUGGGUGAAGCGUUUGGAAUAAAAGCACCAGAAAAGAAGCCUGAUAUUGAUGUUGCAACCCACAUUCAUGUUGAGAACGAAGGAACUAAGAGGAGCAUGCUAUAUGUCGAAACUGCUGAUCGAUCUGGGCUGCUGAUGGAAAUAAUCAAAAUUAUGGGUGAUGUUAAUGUUGAUGUUGAAUCGGCCGAAAUUGAUACAGAAGGCCUUAUAGCCAAAGACAAGUUUUAUGUCAGUUAUAGAGGGGCAGCAUUGAACAAAUCCUUGUCUCAGGUUCUGGUAAAUUGCCUGCGCUACUACCUCAGAAGACCUGAAACGGACGAAGACAGCUACUAAUCAGUAUCUAAUUAUGUGCCCCAAUCAAAGAACUCUUCUACCAAUCCACUCUGCAAGGACUUGUGUCGGCCUCAUUUUGCUGAUAUCUUCUGCAUAUUAACCCAAAAAAACAGAGGCAGAACUCUCCAACUUUACAUAUAUGCUGAUGUGCAUGCAACAUGUUCAGUGUAACCGGUUGUGAGUGUGACUCUCCUUUUCUCUGUCAUCAAUAAAUUCGUGGGAUUAUUCCGUCAUUUUGGAAUUCUUUCAACCUUUCGUGUCUUAUAUCUGUCUAAUUCUCCAUCACUUCUCAUACACCUCAAAAGAAAAUGUCUUGUAACGUAAUGUGGAGAGCAUUUGGGAUGACAUAUUUCAAGGAGUAGCUGUUUUUAAUUGAAAAUGAAAAAAAAACACUUUU